AGAAAAAUACAUAUUUACAUACAUUAAUAUUAGCAAUGAUAACUUGGCAAAAAGUCAAGUCAAGCAGAGAGCUGUGAUUGCAUUUUGAAUGGCUGGAAGAAGGAAUUGAACAAUCGCUGAUCGAUAAUAGAGAAGUAGAAGUGCAAAUUGCAUGCCAGCAACACGCAAAAUAAAUUUAUUUGAUUUGUUCAUUGAUUUAGUGGUGCAAUUUGAAAUUUGUCGUUGGUAAAAUAUUCGACAGACUGAAAAGCGUAUAUUAACACAGGAAGCUUCCUUUGCACAUUUACCAACUGUAAUUUGUCUCGCUUCAGCUGAAAGCUGUGCUCUACAUUCCUUUAGUUGAUUUCGCAUAUAAAUAAUUUUUAUCCAACACAAAAAUGGUACAUGCACCAGCGCGCAAAAAUAAAACUACAAAUGGCAACUGUGAUUUGGUGGAGGAUGUGCUGACGCCGGUGCCACCAGAUGGUGGUUGGGGUUGGAUGGUCGUCUUCGGAUCCUUUAUGAUACAUAUUAUAACGGAUGGUAUGACAUACUCUUUCGGUCUCUUCUAUAAUGAGUUUCUCAGUUACUUUAACGAAGGCAAAGGCUACACAGCUUGGAUAGUGUCCAUCAUGGUGGGCGUUACCUAUGCCUCAGGUCCCAUUUCUUCGUCCUUCGUCAAUCGCUACGGCUGUCGCGCAGUCACCAUAGCCGGUUCCAUAUUUGCCGCCGCCUGCAUCGUUGCCAGCAUAUUUGCACAAAAUGUGCUAACACUCAUUUUCACAAUUGGCAUCGGCACCGGCUUUGGUCUGGGACUCAUUUAUCUGCCAGCCAUUGUAAGUGUGACGACAUGGUUCGAAGCGAAACGUUCGCUGGCGACCGGCAUUGCGGUGUGUGGUUCCGGCUUUGGUACGUUCGUAUUUGCACCGCUCACCGAGCAUCUGAUCGGUUCGUUUGGUUGGCGUGGUGCGAUGCUCAUCAUUGGUGGCAUUGUAUUGAAUUGCAUUAUCUUCGGUGCGCUCUUUCGACCAUUGGAACCACCAAAACCAGAAAAAGUAAAGAAAUCCAGCCUUAUUGAUAAUCACACAACGAGUGCAGAGCUGAAACCGCUAAAAUCAGCUGCGGAUGGGGGAGAUCAGUAUUUGCAGUUGCCAGUGGCGCAGGCGCUGUGUCGCUCAAACAGCGUGGGACACGGUUUCAAUAGCAAUAAUUUGCGACAGUUGCGUCCCUCCUUGGCGCAUUGCCGGAUGCUCUCGCUCGACUUGACAAUGCUGUUAGCGCAAGUAAAAUGUAGUUCGUUCCCAACACCGUCAGACGAUUCCCAUAUAAAUCAAACAGACCAUACUUUCCUGCUAUACGCAAAUAACAACCAGACUGUGAGCAAUGGUGCAAAUGGCAAAACCCCAGACCCGACUAGCGUACAGAGCACCAGCAGCACGGAUAUGGUGCGUCAUCGUAGUCAGCCGCAUUUGGAUCGCCUAGAGCCGCCGCAUGAGAACUGGGGCAGUGGCACAAUGUAUCGGCCGGAUAUCCUAUAUCAGGGUUCUCUACUCAACAUACCGGAGUACACGGCCUCGCGUACCGAUAUUUCCGGCACGGGUAUAACAAAGCGUUAUGGUUCGGUGCGGCAUGCCGCACGUGGCAGCCAAAGUCAGGAAGUAAUGAGAUGUUGCGGCUGUAUGACCUGCUCCAAGGAGACUCACGACACCUUUGUCGAAAUGAUGAAUUUCUCGCUGCUAAAGGAUGUCGUCUUCAUCGUAUUUGCCCUCUCGAACUUCUUCACCAGCAUCGGUUUCAAUGUACCUUACAUUUAUAUAGUCUCGCAAGCGGAAACAUUGCAGCUCGGCAGCGAGCAAUCCAGCUACCUGAUUGCCAUAAUUGGUGGGGCCAACACAAUUGGCCGAAUAGUACUUGGCUAUUUGGCCGACAAGCCAUGGGUAAAUCGUUUGUGGGUUUACAAUGUCUGUUUGACGCUGUGUGGCGUGUCAACCGCUAUGGCACCGCUUUGCACUGGCUUUUAUUCGCUAGCUGGUUAUUGUGCGGCCUUCGGUUUCACCAUCGGCGCUUAUGUCGGCUUGACUUCAGUGAUUCUAGUCGAUCUGCUUGGCUUGGAGAAACUGACGAAUGCUUUUGGUCUGUUGCUGCUCUUCCAGGGUGUAGCCUCAUUUAUUGGACCACCAAUUGGCGGUUGGCUAUAUGAUGUAACCGAUUCGUAUGGCCCCGCCUUCCUCAUGGCAGGCAUUACGAUUGCUAUUAGUGGUAUUAUGCUCUUCGGUAUUCCGCCACUUCAACGACAUAUCGAGGCGAAGACCAAAAAACAACAGCAAGCGACUGCGCAGACGUUAUCGCUAAGUUAGUGUCAUGUCUUGGCAACAUGUACUGGUACAUAGGCCAAGUG